AUGUCCCUACCUCGAGGCCAUGGGCUCCCCAGCUCUGGGGAAGAGAUGCAGGGGUACUAUCAGACUCUUGGUCCCGAAUGGACUGGAGUUGAUACAGUAUGUCAAGUGACCGACACCGACUCCGACUCCGGCCCCAACCCCAACCCCGGGGUUGGGGCCAUAGUUGCCCACACUGAAACGCACUCGCUGAUCAAGGAUAUUUUUAGCCUUCGUUUCAAACCCCCCUUUAUGGAUGUAAAUCAACCAUAUUGUUCCGAGCCUAUAGUACAUCCGAACGUCCUCACGCCAAUUAGCCUCCCAGACAGUUCAUUCCACCCAAGUCCGAUAGCCAGCCACCGAGCGCAAGAGUAUCACCCUCAGGAAUACCGCUACGUCAACGACCCAAUUGUUCAACCACAAGGUCUUGGAAUUUGCGCACCCUUUCCAAGCGAAUAUCCUCGAACAACUGCGCCAACCUCCGCAAACUAUGCAUAUGCUCCCGACCACCUGCACUAUGGCCUGGGCCAAACUCCCGCCGCGUCACCGCGAGCUCCACCUCCAAAACGUAUGAAACGAACACCCUCCAAAACACCAUCAAGAGAUACCCCAAUAAACAUUCUCCCAGACCCAGAGGGUAUGGAGCGCAUGGAGCGUGAUCGCGAGCGUCGCGGUCGUCGUGACCCGCAAGCAGAGCAAGAGGAUCUUUUUGUGGAAAGCUUGCGUGAGCAGGGCUACGCGUGGAAGGUCAUUCGUGACAUGUUUUGUGAGCACUUCGAAAAAGAUGCCACUGAGGCUCGACUUCAGAUGCGACUCGGACGUCGGAAAAAGGAACGGACAUCGCGCUGGGAAGAUGCCGAAAUACAACUUCUGACCAGCGCUCAUGAAUCAUGGGAACAGGAGAAGUAUAGAUUUAUUGCAAAUAAGAUGAAAGAACUGGGCUCUAUGAAGGGCUAUACACCCGAGGAAUGUAAAUUACAACUAGCCCUUUUAGAUACGAAACAAGAUCUAGCAGAAAAACAAGGGUCACCUUCCACGACAUCUGAACCCCCAAGUUCACCCCCCGCACCAUCUACUUCUCGAAAACGUUCGGCGCAAUUCACCGAAGUAAUCAACACCCUACAUCAUCGUUAUCAUUGGCGGCAUUUUCGCAUCAUCACAGCUAUAUUCCCCAUCUCUCGAAGCACAUGA